AGAGAGUAAGGAGCCAGCCAUGAAUCUCUUCCAGAAAAAUGAGUUCAAGGAAACUCCUUUUUUACCUGUCUCCCCUGAAGAGGUACCACCUCGACCCCCCAGCUUUCCAAAGAAGCCAUCUCCGAAAAUCUGUGGCUCCAACUAUCCACUGAGUAUUGUCUUCAUUGUGGUGAAUGAAUUCUGUGAGCGCUUUUCCUAUUAUGGCAUGAAAGCUGUGCUGACCCUGUAUUUCCUGUAUUUCCUGCACUGGAGUGAAGACACUUCCACAUCUGUAUACCAUGCCUUCAGCAGCCUCUGUUAUUUCACUCCCAUCCUGGGAGCAGCCAUUGCUGACUCAUGGUUGGGAAAAUUCAAGACAAUCAUCUAUCUCUCCUUGGUGUAUGUGCUUGGCCAUGUGAUCAAGUCCAUGGGUGCCUUACCAAUACUGGGGGGACAAAUGUUACACACAGUCCUAUCAAUGGUCGGCCUGAGUCUAAUAGCUUUGGGGACAGGAGGUAUCAAACCCUGUGUGGCAGCUUUUGGUGGAGACCAGUUUGAAGAAAAACAUGCAGAGGAACGGACUAGAUACUUCUCAGUCUUCUACCUCUCCAUCAAUGCAGGGAGCUUGAUUUCUACAUUUGUCACACCCAUGCUGAGAGGAGAUGUGCAAUGUUUUGGGAAAGACUGCUAUGCAUUGGCUUUUGGAGUUCCAGGAUUGCUUAUGGUGAUAGCUCUUGUUGUGUUUGCAAUGGGAAGCAAAAUAUACAGAAAACCACCUCCUGAAGGAAACAUAGUGACUCAAGUUGUCAAAUGUAUCUGGUUUGCCAUUUCCAACCGUUUCAAGAACCGUUCUGCGGACAUUCCAAAGCGAGAGCACUGGCUGGACUGGGCAGCUGAGAAAUACCCAAGGCAGCUCAUUAUGGAUGUGAAGGCACUGACCAGGGUACUAUUUCUUUAUAUCCCGUUGCCCAUGUUCUGGGCUCUUUUGGAUCAGCAGGGCUCACGAUGGACCUUGCAAGCCACCAGGAUGAAUGGGAAUUUGGGUUUUUUUGUGCUUCAGCCUGACCAGAUGCAGGUACUAAAUCCCUUUUUGGUUCUUAUCUUCAUCCCAUUGUUUGACCUUGUCAUUUAUCGUCUGGUCUCCAAGUGUGGCAUUAACUUCACAUCACUUAGGAAAAUGGCUGUUGGUAUGAUCCUAGCAUGCCUGGCCUUUGCAGUUGCUGCUACUGUAGAGAUAAAAAUUAAUGAAAUGGCCCCACCCCAACCAGAUUCCCAAGAGAUUUUCCUACAGGUCUUGAAUCUGGCAGAUAAUGAGGUGGAGGUUACAGUGCUGGGAGAUGAAAACAACUCUCUGUUGGCAGAGUCCAUCAAAUCCUUUCAGAAAAUGCCACACUAUUCCAGACUCCACCUGAAGACAAAAAGCCAGAAUUUCCACUUCCAACUGAAAUAUCACAAUUUGUCUGUCUACACUGAGCAUUCUGUGGAGGAGAAAAAAUGGUACACUCUGAUCAUUCGAGAAGAUGGGAAAAGUAUUUCUAGCAUGAUGGUAAAGGAUGAAGAAAACAAAACAACCAAUGGGAUGACAGCCAUGAGGUUUGUUAACACUUUGCAUGAAGAGAUCAGCAUCUCCCUGGGUACAGAUAGCUCCCUCCGUGUUGAAGAAGACUAUGGUGUGUCUGCUUACAGAAGUGUGCAAAGAGGAGAAUAUCCUGCAGUGCCUUGUAGAACAAAAAAUGAGGACUUUUCACUGAAUUUGGGUCUACUAGACUUUGGUGCAGCUUAUCUGUUUGUUAUUACUAAUAGCACCAGUCAGGGUCCUCAGGCCUGGAAGAUGGAAUAUAUCCCAGCCAACAAAAUGUCCAUCGCAUGGCAGCUACCACAAUAUGCCCUUGUUACAGCUGGGGAGGUCAUGUUCUCUGUCACAGGACUUGAGUUUUCUUAUUCUCAGGCUCCCUCUAGCAUGAAGUCUGUACUCCAGGCAGCCUGGUUGUUGACAGUUGCAGUUGGGAACAUCAUCGUGCUUAUCGUGGCACAGUUCAGCAGCCUGGUACAGUGGGCCGAAUUCAUUUUGUUUUCCUGCCUCCUACUGGUGGUCUGCCUGAUCUUCUCCAUCAUGGGCCACUACUAUGUUCCUAUAAAGCCAGAGGAUAUUCAGGGGUCAGCAGAUAAGCAGAUUCCCAAAAUCCAAGGAAACAUGAUCAACCUGGAGACCAAGAAGACAAAGCUCUAAUGACUCCCUGGACCCUGCCCAGACCCCAAUUCCUGACUCUGGUCUUGGCCGUCACCAUCUUCAAGCAUUUUUUACUCCGACUUGGUUAGAGGAGAGAAGUAGUAUCAUAUCUGAGCUAAUCUCCUCUACUUUUCUCCCAUGAUAGAGGCAGUUCUAGGACUGGGUUUUUCAGUACAUUAUAGCAAGGCCCCUGAGACUCUAUGUCUUCCCAUCUGUCAGUGAACUCGGUAAACCUUGUGUAGUGUUGCUGAAGCUGGCCUGCUACCUCCAAAUGGCCAUGAAAAACACAAGUGUAUAAUUGAGGUUAGUCCCUGUGGUUAUCAAAGUUAUGUAGGAAUUGUUU